GUACAAUGUUUGUUUAUUCAUUCAUCUGUUCUUGUAAAUACCUUGGAAUCUGCUUUGGCCAGUAGAGGUUGAAACAAUGGCUGUCAGCCUCUGUGCUGGUGUCUCAGUGAUCAAAACUUAACAGUCAGAAUGCGUAACCCCCAUAUUUGGAGGCCAAGGUCCUUAUGGCACAUCCAGCUCCAGCAGUCUGCACCAGGGGCCUGGGAUGGUAGCCACUGAGCAAAAGGCUGAAAUGUCCUGAAAAUUUUACUAGUGUCUUUAUCAAACCCUCCCUCUGGAUACUGCAAGUGUUCUGAUUAGACUCUGGAACUCCAAAAUAGUUACUUCAGAUGGUUUCUGCUGGCUUGAUAGUUGUUUAGGUGGAGGAUUCCUAUGGACGACAGGUAACUCUUUUCCUAUUCUGCCUUUGUCCAUAACUUCAUUCCCAAUGUAGGUAUUCUUAAUAACAACAAAAAACUGUCAGUGUCAUGUAGUUUGUUACCAUUGCAUAAAAGAAAGUAUCAGGUAAGUGUUUUUUUUUUCUUUUUCUGGCUCAAGUCUUGCUAUAUCACACUAUUCUUUGCAAAUAAAGAAUAGUCAUCACCCUGCAUGACAGUGGGAGACAUGCUUUCUAUGUAUCUGUUCACAAUGAUGGAUUCUCACAAUUAGCUCAAGACAUAGCAGCAUAUUCAGUCAUUGGCAUAUUUCUAUAAAUGAUGGAAAAUUGUCCUGUAGCUCACUUUCUUGCCUGUCUUCUGCCCUGGUAGGAGGAAAAAUCUUUAUUCAUUACCAUGCUGAGAGUUUUGAAUUAAUAUUUAGGUUGGUGCUUAUGUCUGGAGAGAUUUUAUUUAAGGUUUUGCAUCAAGGUAUUUUAAACCUGCUUUGCCACCCUCCGGGGUGCUGGUGGUCACAUCGUUUCUCUGGUAAGCCAAUCUUUGAUGGUAGCAGGAUUACUGAACAGAGCUCUAGGGAAUACCAGGUUCCAGCCCUGAUUCAAGUAAGAGCAAUUCUAUGGUGGCUAUUUAUUGAACUUGUACUAGGCACAAGAUAGAUGCUUUAUGUAUUUGAUUUCAUUUAAUCCUCAUGACAUCCCUAGAAGAUAGAUGUUAAAAAACUCAUCAGUUAAAAAGCGGAUGCAGAGAGGUCAAAUGACUUUUCUAAGGUCAUAGAAGAUUUCCUUCCAGUUUGCCUGGCUCCAAAGGCCCUAUUUUUUUCUUUGUUCCAUGCUGAAUAAAGGGAGAGCCUAGAAUUAAAGAGUUCCUUUAUUUUAGUUGUUUCCUUUUCAGAAAAUUAGGAGAUUGUGCCUCAAGAUGCCUAGGAGCUGUUAAAAAGAGGAGUAAUCCACGUAAAUGCUCUCUUCCCCUCCUGUAGAGAUCUGCUCCUGCCUAUUUUAGAGAUUAGGUAUCCAGGUGAGAAAGAUCCUAUUGCCACAGGAGGGGGCCUAAAUAAACUGGACUGGAUUAAUUCUGACCUUCCAAUUUUGUUAUAUACCCUGUUCUUUAAAUUUUAAGAUUACCAGUUUUAUAAAGACCCAUACAUACAAUGAUUGUCCUUUGUGCAUAUGGUCCCUCCGUAGACUUCACCUUAACCAGCACAGAUCUGUAAGAAAUGGAAAAACAGGAGCGUAGGAAGACAGAUAUACUGAGACGUAUGCUAUCUCAGAGGGAUGUGCCACUAUAUUCCAAAAGCCUAACAUAAUAAAUAGAUGUAUAAAUUGUUGUGGAAGCAUGGUGUGUAUGGAGGGCCACAACUCUGUCACAGUGAAGCAGGAUAUUUUCUUGACCCCUUCACAGGACUUGCGACUGGUGACAGGGGUGCCUCCUUUACUCAUCCUGCCCUUGCCUACCCCUUGUGGGAGGGAGCGUGUGAGUGAACCAGUGCAGGAACUGGAGCAAGGGCUUUUGGGUGCUGGCAGGAACAAACUCUGCUUACUCAGCUUGCCUCACUCAACCCUUUGUGGGAGGGAGCAGUAGGCGAGUACAGGAUCCAGUCAGCCGCUUUUGAGCUCCAGCAGCAGAGAACUCUGUGUAGGCCCCAAGGCAGUGUCCAGGUGGGGGUGCCUUCGACUCCUGAAGCCUCAGUUACAGUGCUCUUUUAGCUCUGCUGUCCAUGGAUGGCUUAAGUGUUAACAGCUCAGUGGGCCCUUUUCCUUUUUGUGUGAGGCUGCCUUCCACCAGUGAGUACAAAGGGCCAGUGUGCCAGCCUUUUUGUGUCCACAUUUGUGGCUCCCCAGCUCUUGUCUGGCAUCCAGGAAAAAUGAAGUCUCACAAAUGAAUUGAUGGGUUACCCCACAGCCUAUCCAGCAGCGGCCCCUGCCUACAAUCCCAGCCUCUACCCCACCAAUAGUCCCAGUUAUGCUCCAGAGUUUCAGUUCCUGCAUUCAGCUUAUGCAACUCUGCUGAUGAAACAGGCCUGGCCACAGAACUCGUCUUCCUGUGGCACUGAAGGCACCUUCCACCUCCCAGUGGACACCGGGACCGAGAACCGAACUUACCAAGCAUCCUCUGCGGCUUUCAGAUAUACUGCGGGGACACCAUACAAGGUCCCACCGACCCAGAGUAAUACUGCUCCACCCCCCUACUCCCCAUCACCCAACCCCUAUCAGACGGCCAUGUAUCCAAUCAGAAGUGCCUACCCCCAGCAGAAUCUGUAUGCCCAGGGAGCCUACUACACACAGCCGGUGUACGCUGCCCAGCCUCAUGUCAUCCACCACACCACGGUCGUCCAGCCCAACAGCAUUCCCUCUGCUAUCUACCCGGCUCCUGUUGCCGCCCCCAGGACCAACGGCGUGGCCAUGGGCAUGGUGGCAGGCACCACCAUGGCAAUGUCAGCAGGUACCCUGCUGACUACACCCCAGCACACAGCGAUUGGGGCACACCCUGUCUCCAUGCCAACAUACAGGGCCCAAGGAACCCCUGCGUACAGCUACGUGCCCCCACACUGGUAAAGCCUGCAGCCCAUCCAAAUCUGGAGUCACACAUUGUAUGCAACUACUCAAGUCUUACACAGGUGCUGGAGCAGUUCCCUAGCAGCACCACCUCUAUUUGCAAGAGACAACGGAAGUGCAAGGGUCACUUUAUGCAUCUUUAAUGGUUUUGAUUUUGAUUUUUGGUUUCUGUAAAAGCUGCUUUUUCUAAUCUCCUGCCUCUCUGCCCCUGUCCCCCUCUUAGCCGCUGCCCUUCCAGCUCUACCCCCUUCCUCUUACCUGACCAGGUCAUGUCCUCUACGCUCUUCCCUGAGUGUCCUGUCCCUGGGGAUCCCGGUCUAGAGGCAAGCAGAGCAGGGUUUAUUGCAAUGGUUCAUCUGAAGGCUUGAUUCCAUUUGAAGAGCAUAAAUAGAUGUGGUCUGGGGUAGGAAUUCAGAGCUGUUGAGGAGGCUACAUCUCUGAGGGAGUGUUCUUGUUUUUUCUUAAGAUUAGUUCAGGACAUUCCCAUGUCCUGAACACAAAUGAAAUGUCUCCUGAGAACCAUUGCAACAGACCGAGAACAAAACCGCCUGAGUACGUAGGAGUGUUAUUAGCAGCUUAAUAGCCCAGGCUGAGAAUCUGGGGAAAAAGUCUUUAGAAUUUGGGGGAGGGUGGGGGGAGGGAGGGCACUGUGGGGAAGGGGAGGGAAGGGAGGAGCGGUGCUUGCCUCAUGGCUUUGGUUUGAAAGGUCUCUAGCCAAAGCAUCUGGCCCUGGACCUUCUGAUUUGCACAGUGAUGUUCACUGACCUGGCACUUCCUCAAAAGGUGAUUUUGACCUUAGACCUGCCAAGCAGUGGCAGGGUGGUGGGAUCCCAGCAUCCCGGGGCCUUGGAAGGCCAGAUGCCCUGUGUAAUCCAGACUUCGGCCUCUGAGCUGUCACGGACCCACUCUGAUGAGGAGCUUCCUCCUGAUCGGAGUGAGAACCUAGGGCAUUUCUCUCCCUUUCCUUUUGCCCUUCCCAGUGCCAGGACUCACCUGUCUGUCCGUAGAGCUUGCAGGCAGGCCAAGCUCUUGGUUACCUGUGCCAUUCAUGGCCCAAGUGAAGGAACCACAUUCCAGGUGGGUGCUGGCAGCUCUGAAGGUCAGGAUAGUGAAGGAAAAGCAAUAGCAAUAAACAUUUCAUAGACUCAUGGAACUGAAGGGACCUUAGCAAUCAUCUCAUCCACUCCCCUAUUUGGCAGAUGAGGAAACUGAGGCCCAGAGAAGAAGAAAGAACUUCCCUAGACCUCACAGUAAAUUAGCAUUAAAUGCAGCCUUCCUACCUAGUGGCAUUGCCUACAAAAAUUUACCUAGGGAUGGAUUGGCUUGGUUUUGUAAAAAUUAAGUCAGCAGCGCCCAUACCUGGUAAGCUCUGGAAUGGUCUCUGGGCUCCUAUUUCUGCUCUUUUCCUCCAUGGACUCCAAAGGCAGGGGUUAAAGACUGGGCAGAGGCCACAUGGGGACAGAUGGCAGGAACAGAAAUUGCAAAUGAAGAAACAGCACUUGGAAAUUCUGUGAAGACAUCUGGAACUUUCAUCUUGUACCUGACUCUACCUGCAGGAGAAGGAGCAGGUAGGCUGGCUGAAAAGGAGAUGCUCUGCUUUUAGGACAGUAACUCCUCAUCCCGAGAGGAGAGGGAAAGGAAGAGGAAGAAGAGAAUGGGAGUCAUCAGGAGAGGAGGACAAGAAUGAGGCCCAGGAGACAGGCUCAUCUGGGAGAAGAGGGAUCUCUGGGACAAGGACGUCCCUGCUAGUCUCAGCCAGGAGCCUGGAUUGCUCAGCAGCAGCCUCUGGCACCCAGCACUUGGCUGGGCCAGCAGUCCCUCUGGGGGUGGGGCAUGAAUAUUUUACUGUAUAAAAUGGGAUCACUGACAACAUUUGGGACUUUAAAAAACCGUUUUCAUUUUAAAUUCAUGCAAAGUUGGACAUACCCUUACCCCUACUUCCCAUGUCUCCCUAACGGAGGGAAAAAUCAGGAAACCCUUGGGUUGGAAGCUUAGAAGCUGUCUAGCCAUUCCCAGAAGGGCAAAGCCCAUCAGCAUCCUUGGCCUAGAGCCAGGAGUUUGGGGGCCUACCUUCCUGGGCUUCCAAGGAACUUUAGGACCAGUAAGAAAAAAUCCAGCUGUUCUGAAUUAUCUGUUCUGGGGUGCUGAUGAGGUUUCACUUUAAAAUAACAAAGUUUUCCAGUGUUAAUUCACUUUUUGCAGAUACUCCUCCUACCGGCUUUGGUUUUGUAAAGGUGGGAGAAGGUUGUUCUAGAUUAUGUCAUGUGUUUGAAAAAUGCCAAAAUAAUAAUGAUAUUGAUGAUAAUAGAAACCUUUGCAUUUGUCAGGUGCAUCAGAGUUCAAAGCACUUCACAGCCUUUCAUGUACUCACUCUGACAGGGUCAGAGUUAUUACAGUCAAUUGACAGAUGAGGAAACAGGUUAUGGAAGGGAACAGGCCCACAGUCAGCAGAAUGCUGGUAUCCGCCAGGCUUCCCAGAACCCUGCUGCCUCUAUUUGGGCUGGGGUGGAACCACAGACAGGAGAAAGGAAGAAGAGGAGACCUAGGAAUGACCGUGUAACUUUUUUUUUCUUUCUAUACCAGUAAGUAAAACUAACAACUGGACCUCACAAUUCACAGAGCAGUUUAACAUACAUUAUUCUGGCUUAACCCUAUGAGAUAGAGAUUUCUCCAAUUUGAUCCUUAAGAAAAUCAAGGCUUGGAAAAGUCAAGUGACUUGCUAAUAAGUGACACAGCCACUUGACUCCCAGUCUGUCUGCUAUCUUAUUCCCCUCCAUCUGAUCCCCACCAUCUGAUCCCCACCAGGCUCACAUACUGAAGCAUCUAUGCUCUGUGCCCUAUCUUCGCCCGUACCAUGUAAUUCAAGAGCAAAGGGAGGCCCCAAGGUGAAAAUAAGGCACUGAAAGGCUGUGGUCUGGAAGAGCCCAGGUCCAGCACCCCUUUUUCAGUAUGAGCCCCAGUUCAGCCAGCCUCAGCCCUCUUGCUGUGAUGGAGAUUCACAAGCCUGGCCAAGCUUGGGGAGUCACUGCAAAGGGACUGAGCCCAGCAGAGGGGACAGUCAUGUGCCUCUGGUAGGAUGGGCAGAGUUAACUGAUAAGGUCACAGAGAUCUGGUGGGCGGUACCAUAGGUGUCCUCCAAAGAUUCUAGAUGGCAUGGUAGUCAAGCUAGACAAAAAGAGCUGGAAGGGCCCUCCCAUUGAAGGCAGGCAGGCAAGAAAGAGGACAAGGGAUGUGCCCACCUGACAGCCACAGCACUGGCACCAGCAUGCAAACCCCUUUCUCCUCAUGCCACUGCCUCUCCCCAGGUGCAACACCUGUGGCCAGGAUCAGGGGUACAGAUGGUUCCAGUCACCAGCCAACCCUUUUGAAUUCCUCUACUUCUACCUGAUACUGUCUCCUCACUGGCCUGGAGCCAAGGAAGUUUGAGUGUGGGAGCUGGAUUGCCUGCAAAUAGUGAAAGCCUGAAACAAUCAUUUGCCGUGUUUUGAAAAAAAAUGCAUAUUUAAUUUCUUCCUCAUGAGAUAGGACAGUUGCUGUUCUUUCUUACCUGGCAAAUGACCCUAAAAUGUAUAUCCCCUUUCCUGAAUAUUUAGUAGGGACACACCUGUCCGGAGCUUUUUUUGGUAUGCAAAGUGCUUUGACAUUGGUUGCCAAAGUCCCCCAUUUUAUAGAUGAAGAAAACUAAGGCUCAGAAGGCUUGAGACUUGCUAAAGGGUUACACAGCUUGUGAUUCUUCAGACCCUCUGCUCUUUCUGCUGCCACCUGCUGGGCGUCUUGGCAAGCAUGAAGGGAGGGGCUACCUAUACUUACGGAGACCAGGGAAGCCUAGUCCUCUGAGCUGAGCAGAUUUGUAUGAACUGCUUUGGGCCAGGACCUGUAAUGGGUCCUGGGGACACAGAGGCACAUCUAGCUGGCAGCACAAAGACAACAAGAAUUUGCAAAUUAAAGGCCUAUCUUGGACAAAACAGUUUGGGGGUCACAGUGGCCAGGACCGAAGACAUGUUCAAGGACAGCUUGAGGCAUCUUUCUGUUGAGAGGCCCAUGUCCUUGGUAAGCCUGCACACCUGCCUUCCUAACCUGAGAGCAUGCCCACUGUCCAGACCCAGUGAUUUGGUACUUCAAGCAGAUGUGGCGUAGACUUGGCCAAAAGCAUGUGGACUGAGGUCCCUCGGCUUGCUUUUCCCCUGGGUGAGGAACAGAACCAGACUCUGUGCAUCCUUACCCCUGGCCACCCAAAUUGUUGCAAAUUUGAGGUACCUCGCUCCCAGAGAUCUGGGGGUCCUUUUGAAGGCCUUGUUUUGUUCUGAUGGGCUUCAGAAAGGAAUCACCUAAAGUAGAAAAGUAGGACAAGUUUUGGCUCAUCAUACAGAUAGGACUCAUCCAUGUUUCCAGUGAGGCACUGGCUAAGCCAGCCCCAGAGCCUCCAUAUCCAAUUCCUCAGCUCUGUUCUGUGGCCAGAGGCAAUGAGCCCCAUUCUGGGCCCUGUGAGCUUUCUAUCAGCAUCUAUAUCAUAAUUCUUCUUCAAUUGCAGUUUAAUGAAAAUAUAUGGAAGUCUGCUUUUCUAUCCUAUAUUCUCCCAAAUCACUACUGGCUGUGCAGCCCCAGCUGCUUGCCAAGCUUGGGGAUCUGGAGGGCACAGUAGUAGAAUGGGCCAGUGGGACCACCCACAGAGCUGAAGAAAAACGGCCAGACUAACUGAUGGGAUUCCACACCAGAACCUCUGAGCACGCAGGCAGGCAUGCCAGGUGGGCUGCAGGGUUUGUCCCGUACUCAUCCGUCUGCCCCUCUCCUAGAAAACUCCUUGUUUCUUAGAUUAAGCAUUAUAUAGUUCUAGGGUCCAGCCUUCAAAAUUCCUGGCAGGCCAGCUUCAACACUCCAUGGCCAGCCCUGCCUAAGCCAGACUGGGGUCCCAGACCCUCAGUUUCUCCAGUGGAUGUCUUCUGUUGUGCAUGCUGUUGAGUCCAACCCAAAGGCCAACUGAGGCACACAGGAGUAGGGACUGGCUGCCACAAAGCCAGAAAGGGAAAAGACAGUACUUGUUUCCCUAUGGCCACAUGGAUAGUCCCUGUGUAUCCUUGCUAUGGUAGUGAGGUUCUCUACCCAUUUCCUUCCUGAAGAGAACAUAUAUAACGGCUUUGCAGAGACGUACCAGCCCAUAGGAAUGAAAUGGCUGAAAUCAGCUUUGGGCCUCACCCCAGCAAGACCAGCAUCUCCAGACCCCAGCCUUUCUCCUCAGGCCUAAGAGUCAAGAGACUAAGAGUGGGGACUGUCCCAGAGACGACCUCCUGGGGUCAGCCAGAUAGUCUGGAUCUAUGGUGUGACUCAAGCUCCUCCUUACCCAGGGGGAGGCAAGGCCAGGCCUCUAGCAACUUAGAGUUGUCUGUAAUGAUCUCUAAAGGCCCAAGGGCCUGUCCCCAUCCUGACUUCAGGGCAUCUGCUUCCCUGUUUCAUAUCACAUGACAGAGAAACCUGUUCUCAUGGCAUGUAACAUCCCUGUGAAGAGAGCGUUGUAUAUGAUUUUGUAUUUUUUAAUUCAUUUUAAUCUACAGGUUGGAAUCUAAUUUUUAAAUUUUAUUGGAACUCACAUUUUAAAAAGAAAUAAAACAUUUAAAAUAAUAAUAAUAAACCUUUGACCAGUGUCUUCCAAGUAGUUUGAUCAAAGAAUUUAUAGGUGUUUUCAAAACACACUCCAGAGUGUAAAGAUUGGAAAGCCCCAUGGCCUCGCUUGUGUGUAUGAAGUGUAAAUCUGGUUUUGUUUUGUUGUUUUGGAUUCUUUUGGGAUUUUAUGUUUUGAAGAUCAGACAGUGAUCACUCUGAAAGAUUGAAGCCAAGAAUUUGUAACUAUGAUAUUUACUGUAAGCUGUAGAACACUCAAUAACUAUUAAAAAAAAAGUUUCCCAAAAAAAA